AUGACCAUCCAAAACAUGCAGUUCCAGCAAGAGACUAGAGCUUCCAUACAGAGUUUGACAAAUCAGAUGGGGCAGAUGGCUACUCAGCUGAAUCAGGCACAGUCUCAAAAUUCUGACAAGUUGCCUUCACAGACUGUGCAGAAUUCGAAAAAUGUGAGUGCCAUCACAUUGAGGUCAGGCAAACAGAUUGACAUACCCACUGCAGUACCUUCACCUUCAUUUGCAUCUGUGCCAGUACCAGUUCCAUCAUCUACACCUGAGCAAAAUGAUGAACCCGUUCGUGCCCAAAAUUUUCAUGCAGGUGGUGGACCUUCUUCUUCUUCCAGCACCAGUUCUGAUUUGCAGCAGCCUCCUAUAUUGGAGACCUUCAGGAAAGUAGAGGUGAACGUACCUCUGCUUGAUGCCAUCAAGCAAAUUCCCAGAUAUGCUAAGUUUCUGAAGGAGCUGUGCACGCACAAGAGGAAAAUGAAGGGAAAUGAGAGAAUCAGCAUGGGUAGAAAUGAUGGAGCUAAACCAGGGAGACAGCCUCAGAGGAGACUUAACCCGGUGAUUUGGGAAGUUGUUAAGAAAGAGGUGACCAAGCUUCUACAGGCUGGGAUCAUCUAUCCCAUUUCAGAUAGUCAGUGGGUGAGUCCAGUCCAGGUGGUUCCCAAUAAGACAGGCCUCACUGUUGUGAAAAAUGAGAGGGAUGAGCUCAUACCCACUAGAGUCCAAAACAGUUGGAGGGUCUGCAUCGAUUACCGAAGGCUGAAUCAAGCAACCAGGAAGGAUCAUUUCCCUCUUCCCUUCAUUGAUCAGAUGCUUGAGUGUCUGGCAAGUAAAUCUCAUUACUGCUUUCUUGAUGGGUUCUCUGGUUAUUUUCAGAUUCAUAUUGCUCCUGAGGAUCAGGAAAAGACCAUAUUCACCUGCCCUUUUGGAACUUUUGCCUAUAGGAGGAUGCCUUUUGGCCUAUGCAAUGCCCCUGGGAUAUUCCAGCGGUGCAUGCUUAGUAUCUUUUCUGACUUUCUUGAAAAUUGCAUAGAGGUGUUUAUGGAUGAUUUUACUGUUAAUGGAUGCUCUUUUGAUGCAUGUUUGGAUAGUUUGGAUAGAGUUCUGAAUAGAUGCAUUGAGACUAACCUUAUUCUUAAUUUUGAGAAAUGUCAUUUCAUGGUUGAACAAGGUAUAAUUUUAGGGCAUAUUAUUUCUAGUAAGGGCAUAGAAGUAGAUCCUGCAAAAGUCUCUGUUAUUUCACAGUUACCUUACCCCUCUUGCGUGCGAGAGGUUCGAUCUUUUCUUGGCCAUGCAGGUUUCUACAGGCGCUUUGUCAAAGAAUUCAGCAAGAAGGCCCUUCCGCUAUCCAAUCUGCUACAAAAAGAUGUUGAUUUUGUUUUUGAUGACAGGUGUAAACAGGCUUUUGACUGCCUCAAGGAAGCACUCACCACCACUCCAAUCAUUCAGGCACCUGAUUGGACAGUCCCAUUCGAGCUGAUGUGUGAUGCAUCCAAUUAUGCAUUGGGAGCUGUCCUGGCACAGAGAGUUGACAAGUUCCCCAGAGUGAUAUAUUAUUCUUCCCGGACUUUGGAUGCUUCCCAAGCAAAUUACACUACCACUGAGAAAGAGCUUCUUGCCAUUGUUUUUACUCUUGAUAAAUUUAGAUCUUAUUUGCUUGGUUCUCGUGUUAUUGUCUAUACUGACCAUGCAGCUCUGAAGUACCUACUGAAAAAGGCUGAGUCAAAGCCUAGAUUGAUCAGGUGGAUGCUCUGGCUCCAGGAGUUUGACUUGGACAUCCGUGACAGGAGUGGAGCUCAGAAUUUAGUGGCAGACCAUCUCAGCAGGAUUGAGAGAGAUGAGGACAGUGCUGAUGUCUUGCCCAUCCAGGAUAACUUUCCUGAUGAAAAUUUGUUGAUUGUUUCUUCUGUUUUUGUUCCUUCCCCCACCCCUUGGUUUGCGAACAUUGUUAAUUAUUUAGUUGCUUCUAUUUUUCCUCCUUUAGCAUCUAGAGCUCAGAUUGAUAAACUCAAGAGUGAUGCUAAACAUUAUGUUUGGGAUGACCCCUAUUUGUGGAAGUUUUGCAAUGAUCAGGUAAUCAAGAGAUGCCUGCCGGACCAUGAAACCAAUGGGCAAGCUGAAAUUUCAAACAGGGAGAUCAAGAGAAUCUUAGAGAAGAUUGUCCAGCCCAACAGAAAAGAUUGGAGUAACAGGUUGGAUGAUGCUCUUUGGGCGCAUAGGACUACCUACAAAGCACCCAUAGGGAUGUCUCCUUAUCGGGUUGUCUUUGGCAAGGCAUGUCAUUUACCUGUUGAGAUUGAGCAUCGGGCCUACUGGGCUGUGAAGACCUGCAACUUCUCCAUUGAUCAGGCUGGUGAGGAAAGGAGGCUGCAACUAAAUGAGCUGGAUGAGAUCCGCCUUGAAGCGUAUGAGAACUCUAAGUUCUACAAGGAGAAAACCAAGAAGUUCCAUGACAACUUGAUAGCUAGGAAGGACUUCGUGGUUGGCCAGAAAGUUCUCUUGUACAAUUCUCGGCUCGGACUCAUGGGUGGUAAGUUACAUUCUAAGUGGAUUGGACCUUUUUUUGUUACUAAUAUUUUUCCUUAUGGUACAGUUGAGGUC